CUUCUACACGCUUCCAGUUCACAUGACAGACAUGGCUUGGACAGCGCGGCUGUGGUCCACAUCUAACCGCGGAUAACGGUCCUCUCCCCCGGUACGACGAGUAUUUGAGAUAUUUCAAACUCAUACCUCCGUCUCUAGAAAGCAGAAAGGGGAUAAAAGCAACGACGGGAAUAGCAGCAUCAUCUUUGCUUCACUUCCAGCUAACGGUCCGUGAAGGCAAGUGCAGUUCACCCACCUGCGCCUGCAGCUGCGACACAGCGCUAUCUCCCGGCAUUUUCCUGCUUUCCACACGGAUAAAAGCCAAGCUGCGACUUGCCUUCAGCGAUGAGGGUCUUUCCGUCAUUAGCCGCCCUUUUCAUCGCCUGGUUUGCGGUUUUAGGUUGCACUCAGGCCGUUACCCUUGAAGUGAAGGAGGGAAACUCUACCUGCAUUAAAGCUGAGCUCUCUGCAUCAUUCUCCAUCACAUACAACACGUCCAGCGGCACAAGAACAGCUUCAGUCUCUCUGCCUGACUCUACCACAGUUGAUGCAGCGAGCAGCUCAUGCGGCGGCUCUCCAUGGCUGGUGGCGGUCUUUGGAUCCGGUCACACACUGGGGUUGAGUUUCUCAAACAAUGGAAGUGUCUAUAGCGUUGCUAACCUGACUCUUCAAUACAACCUGAGUGAUACUUCGGUGUUUCCUGAUGCCAACAGCUCUGAUGUGGUCACUGUGGUGUCUGCCUCAGUUGGGAUCUGGGCGCCGAUCAACACCACAUACCGGUGUCUGAGUCCAACCGCUGUCACCGCUGGUGGGGCUACUGUCACUUUCUUUGAUAUGAGGCUGGAGGCGUACAUGCCAGGAAAUGACCUGAGUCCAACAGAAAGCGUCUGUGUGGCAGAUCAGGCCACUACAACAGCUCCAACUACCACUGCCAGCACUGCAGCACCAACAACUCCACAACCAACUGCACCAGGAACGCCUGAACGGGGCACCUACUCCUUGAAGGACAACAACGGCACUAUAUGUCUCCUGGCUCAAAUGGGACUGCAGCUUAAUGUCUCCUAUGUCUCUCAGGCUCAGAACAAGACUGUCCAAGAAUUAUUAAAUCUGACUCCCAAUCUGACAAACUCAUCUGGAUCAUGUGGAGUUAGCAGCGCUACCUUGGUUUUGACACAAGAGCAAACAACAGUGCUAAGCUUCACCUUCACUCUGAACUCAACAUCCAACAAAUACCACCUGAGUGGAAUCAGUCUGCAGGCAAACUGGUCCGAUUUGACUGCUCCCAUCUCAGCCAGUAACAACAGUCUUGACUAUCUGCGGAGUACGCUGGGUCGCUCUUACAUGUGCAACGCAGAGCAGACGCUGGUUGUGAUACAAACUUUCUCUCUCAACACAUUCAGACUGCAGGUCCAGCCGUUUGGCGUCACAACUAACCAGUUUGCUACAGCCGAGGACUGUCAGAUGGACCAGGACCAGAUGUUGAUCCCUAUUAUUGUUGGAGCAGCUCUGGCCGGCCUGGUGCUGAUUGUCCUUAUUGCGUAUCUAAUAGGCAGGAAGAGGAGCCACGCUGGAUACCAAACCAUCUGAGUGAACCCUUGAUUUAACUUAAACCAGACAGACUGAAUGGUGGAGAGAUUAACCCAAGUGUGUGUGAGUGAGCAAGUUAUAGACUGUGGACACAAGCUUGAGUGAAUGGCAGUUCUCUGUGGUGAGUGCAUGCCUACCUUGCGUGACCUCUGGAUAUUAUACUUCCUGUCACUUUUCUUUUGAUUAAAAGCAAAAUGCGUGCUAACUUUAGAGGGUGUGCAUCUCGGUGAAGCCUGAGAGGACUGACACUUCAGCUCAUCAACAAUGGAGGAUGUUUGAAUUUACUGUCAAUGAUUCAGCUCCACUUGUUUUUUUAUGUUCUUGGGAUUGGAUUGAACUGCUGUUUUUAGUUUUUUGAUCAUCGAGUUAAAGAGUCAGAGCGAGUCAAAUGAACCCAAGUCCAAAUUCAUUGAAUCAAUUUUGAGUAUGACCACAAAUAAACUUUCAACUUCAUCAGCAAAUUACCAUCCUCUGUGAAAAGGGAAAGCUUUGAAUCUGUCCCAUUAUUCCACAGUUAAAAUCAAUUAAAGAAAAAUUAUAGCUGUUUUCCACUGGACCCUCCCCCCCCCCGUAAAUUAUUGAUGGGUACAGAAUCUUGUGGCGCACGAUGGCCAUUUCCAUUUAUUUAAGCAGUAUAUAGUAAAGCUACUCGUUGCAUACAGUAUAAAAGAAUAAAAUUACUUCCUCUCUGCUAUAUUUUCAUUAGGUGUUUGUUUUUUUUUGUUUUUUUGUGGGACUUAAUUGUGGCAGUAAUUUAUCUGGUCAAAAAGGUGGCUGCAACCAAAGUGGUCUGUACUGAGAAGUGUACAGACAGGAAAGCCUCCACUUAUAGCACAAGUAGCCACAACUCCAGCACCUCCCGGUCUUUCAGUGGUUUCUAUGGAAGCUCAGUGAGGUGUGGCAGUUUGGAAACGCAUGCAAGCACAAACCUGUCUUUUAUUUUUUAGAAAGCUACAAUAAUUUUCUCUCUCCUUAAGUCACAUUCUUGCACAGUAUUUGUACACUGCAGCUGUGCAGUGAAUAUUUGUCACAGCAUUCUUGCUCAGUUUGAGUCUGAAAAGAUUUUUGUGCGUAUGAAUUUAUAUCCAAAUGCAAGGAAGAAUGAGGUGAAAUAUCUGGGAAUUUUCCUUUAAUUCAACAGAUCAAGCACAGCUGGUAAUUGUAAUGACAAUGAUGUAGAUCACUAGGCCACACAGCAUAUAUGAACAAGCAAAUGGGUUCAUUUUUUUCAUUUUCAUGUUUCAACUCCCUCUUGCAAAUGUUAAUUAUAAUGAUUUGUUUUAUUUUUAUAGAAAAUGGUUGAUCUCGUUUUCUAUUAUGCAUCUUACUGCAAGUCAAUAAAACUGUGAAAAGUC